GGUCAGGGCGCCGGGCUCACCUCGACCGUUAGACUCCGCGAUGGUCGAGGAGGCAGCCCCGCCGCGCCGUCGGCAGGCGUUCGCCGAUGAGAACCUCUACCUGGAGCCCGUGCUGGCCCCGUUCCUGAGAAGGACGGAGGUGCCUCUGGCCAACCGGCUGCCUGACAACGUGGUCGUUACUCUGGAGAAGGCAGCCCUAUGGAAGGCGUUCUGCGCUCGGACCAAUGAGAUGAUCGUGACCCGCAAGGGACGGAAGAUGUUUCCCACCAUCCGACUGAAGAUUGAGGGCCUCGAGAAAACCUGUCUGUACGCCAUGGUACUGGAAUUCACUCAGCUUUACGACAUCAAGUUCCGCUACAUCCACGGUGACUGGAAGCCGACGGCCACAGCUCGGGCGGACCCGCCGCUCACCGCCUGCUACGUCCAUCCCAAGUCGUACCAGCUGGGCGAGUUCUGGAUGAACGAGCCCAUCUGCUUCGACGACGUCAAGAUCACCAACGACAAGACGGUCGGACCGGCCAUGAUGCCGCUGAACUCCAUGCACAUGUACGAGCCGCGGCUGCACAUCGUACGCGUGAAUGUCAUCCCCGGCCAGGGUCUAGAGGCGGUGGGGGUCAUGACCCAGCGGCUCCAGGUCACCCAGUUCGUGGCCGUCACCGCCUACCAGAACGACAAGGUGACGGCGCUGAAGGUGGAGAACAACCCGUUCGCGCGUGCUUUCAACCGUUCGGCAUCGGCGCUGGCCGCCUUCGAACUGAGCCUGGCGCAAGCCGGCCAGCUGCUGGCCAGCAGCCAGCAGGGCCAGCCGCGCCGGCCGCCCAGCGCCGGCAAAGGUCGUUUCAACCCGUACCCUCGCGUGGGCGGCGGCUCGAGCGGCCCGAAGAAGGGCUCUCCCAGGAGCAAGGUGCAGCACUCGUGCCGUACCCAGGACGCGCCCGGCUACCAGGACGCACUGUACCCGCCGCCGUACUCCACCGGCCAGCUCCAGACGCUGGGCUCCUACAGCAGCGCCUACGCCGUGCCCGUCAGCUCCAUGUCCUCCAUGACGCUGCAGGCGCCGCCCUCGCAGCUGACGGGCGCCGCCGGCGCCAGCGCCAGCGGCGUCUUCUCCCACGCCUCGCCGUCGCAGUUCCACCAGGCCGCCUCGCCGUACGCUCAGGCCGCCUCGCCGUAUGCCCAGGCCGCCUCGCCGUACGCCCAGGCCGUCUCGCCGUACGCUCAGGCCGCCUCGCCCCACGUCCAGAGCGUGUCGCCGUACGGGGGUGCCGUGUACCCGCGUGCGUCGCCGUCGUCGGCAGCGCCGCUCGGCGGGCACUUCCCGCAGCUGUCGCCACCGCAGUUCCCACAGUCGUCGCUGCCGCCGGACAUGAUGACGCCCUACCAGUACCAGCAGUACCAGUACCAGUACCAUGCCAUCGGCUUGACGGCCGUCGAGACGGUCGCCGAGAUGUGA